AUGCAACAUAGCGAGUCAGAAAAUGUCCGCGAUAAAAAUUUCACGGAAUCUUCAGCAAACCUCGCGGCAGCUGUCGACGAUGGAUUUGCAAAGGACAAGCAAACAGUAGAAAUGGAAUUUGCACAAACGCAAUAUAGUCCAAGAGGUGUUGUACUACUAUAUUUUAGAGGCGAACCUGCUGCAGAAGUGGACAGGCAUUUUUCCAGGAGCUUUGCGGAGUUGUGCUGUCUUCCUGGUUCAAGUUCCCUGGAGAACAGUUUGGAAGACUCCCAUUUCCAAGGUAACAUAAAAGCUUUAGCGAAGGCUUAAAUUUAUUCUUAAAGUUGUUUUCUCUAAAAGAAUUUCUUCAUUAAGAGACCAAGUAUGACAUGGUUUGUUUAUACUACGGCAUAACUUGAGGCGCCACAAUGCUCAUAGUACACAUUUAGUGCACCAUAGCGCCAUCGUGCUCAUGUCACGGCGAAUCAGCAGAAUUUGUUGCUAGAUGAUGCUAAAAUCCUUAAGUGUUAGGAAAUUGCCCAAAUUUCUAAUGCGUGAUCAUCAUUAUAACUUCCCACAGGUCAGGUUCCACGUAAUUUCUCGCUCGUAAGGGAAAUAUUGAAGGUUAUUUCAGGUAUUUAUUAGAAUUAGAAUAACGUGACAUUUGGGACUUGGAGUGCGUUACAAUCCACGUGAUAAAGAUUGUUUUGGCGUCGUCAGGAGGAAUUAUUUUCAUCCCCAGGCCCGUUCUUUUUACUCUUCAGUCAUUUGGUUAAACAAAGAAACAAUACGCGAGAAAACCAGAAAAAAAGAACGAAGACGCUUGAAGCCACUUAAAACUCACCUAGCUUUUCCUGAUCAAGCCAAUAAACUUUCUUUUUUUUCCGAUACUGGCCUGAUCAAUUUCAAAAUAAGCAUUUUGUAUCAUUCAAAUGCGUUCAUCUGUGACUAGGUUUGUCAGCUUGUUGUCGCCAGAUCUCAAUGACUGAGUUUUCAAUUUCUUCCUUCAGGAAGAACAUGUAUUCCAAUCCCCAUGUCUCAGAGGAAUCUGCCGCCCUCGUUUUGGAAUCCGUCUCACAAGAACAAAUCCCAACACCCUCAUACAGGCUCGAGUCACCAUGGCAACUCAGUAAACAUAUUUCAGCAAAAGCACAAUAUGAUGACUCAUUAUAACAGCAACUACCAACCAACUGUGCGCUAUGAUAACUUCAAUCGUCAUACUGAGUCAAAUUUUGUUCACACGCGAACAAUCCCAGUGUCCUAUGCACAACUGCCAACAGGGACUAUAAAAAGCGACUCCUCAGGGCCACAAAUACGUGUUCAACCUUUCCAUGCAUUCCUGCAUUCAUUACCGCACGAGUCUGCCUCACAGAAUAGCGAUCUGGAGCCGAAUUCAUUACGGUUUGAUCCCAGCUAUAAUUCACUUCUUGUUCAGCCAGAUGUGAAGCCUCAUUUGCCGCACAUCCCUGGAGAACCAUCCCGCACAAGAACUGACGCCAGAAAUAAAAAUCCGGUGGGAUUUCCGGCAGAAUCACCCAUGAGAAAAGAAGAA